CCUCAGGCCACGGCCGCACUGAUCGCGGCCGUUUCGGACGAGCCUCGACGAACCGAGGAUAUUUGUGGCCCCGACGAAAGAGCGGCGCCGGCAGACGAUGUUAUCGCGCAGGAAAAGGAGCAGAAGGAGCGACAGCGACCGCAGCAGCAGCGGCAGCAGCAGCAGCAGGAGCAACAGCAGGAACAGGAAUCUCAAGUUCAGGUUCAUGCGGAGCAGGAGUCGCAGCAACCGCAGCGUCCACCGCAGGAACAACAGAAGCGGGAAGAAGCGCAGCCGCAAUCGAAGGAGCCGGGUCACCUACAGCAACAGGUUCGUCAGAAGAUAGAGAAGGACAGGGAGCAACGGAAGCUUCAGCAAGAACAAAAGCUGUUGCAGCGUAAGCUGGAACUGGAGGAGCAGCUGCGCCGUCAGAUGGAACGAGACGAGGAAGCGUUGCAGCGAAAACAAGAAGAGGAGAAACCGCUGCAGCAAAAGCUGAUAGAUGAGUUACGAAGAAAACUUAUGGAGAAAGGGAGAGACGAACAGCAGCAAGUUACGCGGCCGAAAAAAGAAGCGGAGCAGCUGAAGAAAGAAGAAACGAAGCGUCCAUCGAAAGGCGAACAGCAUGCGCAGCAACAGAAAAAGGUGGACGACAAGCAGCCGCAACUGCAGAAGGCGGACGAACAGCAACAAAAACGCAAACAACUGCAAGAACCGCUGGAUAAAAACGAGCGAGCGAAGCUGCGCAAGCAAGGUGAGAAAGCUCAGCUCGCGGACGUGUCGGGUCAGGAGUCGCAACAGCAGAAAAUGGAGAUGAGAGCGCAGCCAGAAGAUCAAAGGGCGCAGCGGCGGAAGGAGAAGCCGCAGUUGCAGCAGCCUGGGGAAUCGCAACAGCAGCAGCAGCAGCAGCAGCAACAGCAGCCGCAGCCACGUGAAGAACAGCAGGGAAUCCGACCACUCGAGGGCGGUGGACUUUACAUUAGGAUAGUGCUGAGGCACGAGGAUCGCGCAAAUCUGGUCUGGUUAUACAAAACGCACAUAUUCUAAAUUCCGAAUGAUUCGCCUCGUCGCUUCCGUCUGGAUAUCUCGAGCGACCUCGCGGCUAUACGGCUCUACGACUCUAUCCAUCCAUGUUGAAAGGUACCGUGAAUGCGAGACGCAAUGCGUUUGCCAUUUAGGCGCGUCGCAGCGCUGCGCAUUUCGGGGUUACUUAGUGUCUCAAGGGGGGCAUAUCGGCGUUUCCUUUAACGUUCUAAUGUCGACGCGCGGAGGUAACGCGCGCGUCGGAAUAUCAACUUGGUGCAUGUAAUCAGCUUCUUCUCCACGGCGCAAGCAAAGCUUUAACGGUGCAUCCAGCGUCGCAAUCUCGGUAAUCUCGAUAUGCCACUUCUAGAUGUAAUCAAUCAGAGGAUUCCGUUAGGCUCGGUCAUCCAUGAUCGUGGUGGGGGACAAUCGUACUCGUGUUAUUGUUGCAAGAGGAAAUAUGUGUUUGUUAAACGUAAAAUGUGCAGACGUAAAUAUGUGCAUGUAAACAAAAGUGCAUCCGUCGCUUCCUCCGCCAUGCUUUCUCUAUCGUUCGACAGGCACGCAGUUCUGUUCAGUCAAGUGGAUGCACCAUUACGAGCAGAUAAUGAACAUGGAUUAGUUAAAAUACGUGCAUCUAAAAAUCCAAGUUUCUUUUGUACUCGUAGUAUAUUUGUUAUUUGAAUUUUUUAAUUGUUAGCCUCUACAAAUUUAUCUCGAAAAACUGAUAUUUUUUACGACUUUUAAUUUACCAUAAAUUAUACUUAUUAUGAUUCAUGUUUUAUCAAUUUUAUUAAACUAUUUUCAUUGUUGACCAACGAAAUUGCAUUAUCGUCAAGCUUUUCGCUGUGGAAUAUAUGUAGUUAUAAUGAUGAUCUCAGAGAGAUAUACGCUUGUUGAAAGUAGAUCUGAUAUUAUAUUAUAGCCAAGAGAGAAAGAGAGAGAAAGAGGCGGGAAAUAUACAUAUAUUCUAUAUGGUUUCUGAGCAACGUGGCGGCGAUUUGACAGUAACAGAUGACCGUUGGAGAGCACGAUGUUUUGCCAUAGGCGCUUCCCUGGACAUUAUUACACCCGACGCAAGACAUAUUCAUUUUUCCACUCAGUUGCACCAUCAAUUAUCAGAAAACCAGAGAUCGCGGUGAAGCUACGGUUCGGUGUAAAGAAAAGUUCGGUAGUAAAAGAAGUCUGAAUACUCGCCAGAUAAAUUUCGCUGAAACGAACGCUAUUGCCGGUAGUUUUUAACAAGUAGGUGUAAACGAUGCAUGCAGCUGUAAAAUAAGUUAUACUUCAGUCUAUUACGAAUAAAGAAUAUGCACAAAAGUUACGACACGCACGCGCGCGUCCACAGUAACGUUAACUAUCGGUCCGGUAGAGUUUAUAGGAGCAGUUUAAUUUUUAAGCUUUAAGCAUAGAUCAUAACGCCACAACUGAACGUGAAAACUAAAACGCAGCUGUCGCCUCUGGUAAUGUUUUAUUACUGUCGCAUGUGCAGCUUGUUUGCGUAGAUGUGUCAAAGAUAUGUUUAUAAAUGUCAAUAUAUUUACUUGUCUAUGUACCGUUGUCUGUUUGUGUGCAGCGACAUUUCUAUUGUUUUAUACGUAAGAGAUGUAUGUACAAAAAAAAUAUAUAUAUAACAUCGUUGAGCAGCCUAAACGGCGCGAACUCCUCAUUACAAUAUUAAUCGAUAGUGCGAUCGAGCUGAGUGUAUGGAUAAAGUGUGGCAUAAAGCAUCGCGAGAUUAUUUCUCUUCGUUUCAAACUAAUUAGCAUUCGAUUGAUACUAAUUAACAUGUUCGCUAUCACCGACGCGCAGGCGCGUCCAGCUAUGAUUUGCGCUUGUGUCUCUGUUUUUUUGAGCACUGAGAUAAAUUUUCAACGCCGGAAGUUUUAUACAGCAUGCCGCCUCACUAAAAUCGCGCCUUAAGAGAAUUGUGACGAAACGUUCCUGGCGAAAAGAUGAAACGAGUAAUUAGUGAUAGUGAACGUGUUAAUUCAACGAUUUCUUCAGCGAUUUACGGAUGUUUUACGACCGCUUCGGCUGUGUUUUUAACAAAAAUAUUGUAAUAGUAUCCGUUAGUCUUCCCGUCUACUGUUAUUUUACGACACAAUGCACCAGAGAAUCAAUCUCUCGACUUGACAUAUGAAUAGCAUAUCAUAUCGUUGUAACUUUUAGUUUAAGUUUCCUUUACUAAUUAAGUAACAUUUACGCGUCUGAUUUUAUACAUAUCCCCGUGUAGGAUGUAUUCUAUGUAAGAAGCGUGCUACGCGUCUCUUCCGUUCGAGGGCGUAGCUGUGACAGAGAAGAAGAGAGACGGGCAAGUCUUGUGGUAUAAAGUUGAAGCCGUUAAUUCGCUGGCGAUCGGUAUAACUCUACCUAAAAGUUCGAUCUAUUUACUGUGAUAUGCCGUAGCCAAAUGAGUCCAACUGUGAAUAAAGAAAAAAAACGUGAUGUCAAGAGA